AUGCGCGCCGCUGUCCUCCUCGCUGUCCUCCCCGCCCUCGCCCUUGCUGUCCCCAACAUCAAGCGUGCUGAGGCCUGCGCUUCGAGCUGCACCCAGACCGACUGCACCGAGCUCCUCUCGUGCAUCUGGAACCACUGCGACGGCGCCGAGUACGAGGCCGCCAUCGCCGCCACUGGCAGCUGCGCUUCGACCGCGGGCUCGUCGGGCUCGUCGGGUUCGUCGGGUACCGCCGCCGCUGGCACUGCUGCUGGUACCGCCGCUGGCACCGCCGGUAACGGAGCUGCCUCGGCCGCCACUGACGCCUCUGGCGCUGCUGCUGCUGGUACCGGUGCCGCUACUGGUGCCGCUACCGGUGGUGCUACUGGUGGUGCUGCUGCUGGUACUGGUGCCGCUACUGGCGCUGCUACCGACGCUUCCGGAAACACCGUUGCUGCUGGUACCGGUGCCGCUACUGCCGCCGCCACCGACGCUUCCGGAAACACUGUUGCUGGUACCGCCGCUGCCACCGACUCGGCUGGUAACGUUGUUGCCUCGGGAACCGACUCUGCUGCCGCCGCCAACGCUACUGGUGCCGCUACUGGCGCCGCUUCGGGCACUGACGCCAACGGCACCGCCGCCGCCUCUGGCACUGGUGCCGCCACCGCCGCCUCGGGCACUGCCACUGGCGUCGUCGCCUCGCUCCAGUCCGUUGCCAGCUCGGCCACCAACGCCGCCGCCUCGGCCGCUACCUCGGUUGCCUCGGUCGCCGAGUCCAAGGUCUCGGGCGCAUCGGGAACCGCCGCUGCCUCGGCUUCGUCGACCUCCAAGGCCUCGUCGGCCGGCAUGACCGUCGUCCCCGGCAGCUUCGUCGCCGCUGCCGUCAUGGCCGCUGUCCUCCUCUAA